AUGGAGUACCAUAAUAAAGUGCUACUUCUAAUGGUGUGUACUUUCUUCUUUUGCUCUAUGCCAACUUUCUCUAAAUAUAACACCUUUACUACUGUUGCUCCAAAUCAAUUUAUCCAAUACAGUGAUACACUUGUUUCUGCUGGUGGAAUUUUUGAAGCAGGAUUUUUCAACUUUGGAGAUCCACAACGCCAAUACUUUGGUAUAUGGUACAAGAGCAUAUCACCUAGGACUAUUGUGUGGGUUGCCAAUAGAGACACCCCUGUACAAAACUCAACAGGAUUGCUGAAACUCAGUGAUCAGGGAACUCUUGUUAUUCUUGAUGACCCGAAAGGCGUUGUCUGGUCCUCCAAUUCAUCCAGAAUUGUGGUGAAACCAGCUGCGGUGCAGUUGUUGGAUUCAGGAAACCUUGUUGUGAAAGAUGCAAACAGCAGCAGCCAGAAUCAGGAUUUGUUGUGGGAAAGUUUUGACUAUCCCGGUAACACUUUCCUUGCUGGAAUGAAGCUUAAAAGUAAUUUAGUUACUGGUCCAUAUAGAUAUCUCACAUCUUGGAGAAGCCCUGAAGAUCCUGCUGAAGGUGAGUGUUCAUAUAGGAUAGAUACACAUGGUUUACCUCAAUUGGUUAAUGCUAAGGGAGCAAGAUUUCUGUAUAGAGGAGGCUCAUGGAAUGGAUUUCUUUUCACUGGUGUUCCUUGGCAAAGAAUGCAUAGAGUCUUGAAUUUCUCAGCAGUGUUCACUGACAAAGAGUUCUCUUAUCAAUAUGAAACUAGGAACAGUUCAACUAUUACUAGAUUGGUGCUAGAUUCAUAUGGAAAUUCACAGCGUCUUGUAUGGUCAGAUAGGACACAAAUUUGGGAGGCUAUAUCUUCUCGUCCUAUAGACCAAUGUGAUAAUUAUGUCUUGUGUGGUAUCAACUCUAACUGCAAUAUUAACGACUUUCCAAUAUGUGAAUGCUUGGAGGGUUUCAUGCCAAAAUUUAAACUGAAGUGGGAGUCAUCAGAUUGGUCUGAUGGGUGUGUAAGGAAAACACAUUUAAAUUGUCACCAUGGAGAUGGAUUUUUUAAGUACACAAGCAUGAAGUUGCCAGAUACGUCAUCAUCAUGGUUUGACAAGAGCUUGAGCCUUGAGGAAUGCAAGACAGUGUGUUUGAAAAACUGUUCUUGCACCGCGUAUGCAAAUUUGGAUAUCAGAUAUGGUGGCAGUGGCUGCUUACUUUGGUUUGACAACAUUGUGGACAUGAGAAGACAUCCAGACCAAGGACAAGAUAUUUACAUACGACUAGCAUCUUCAGAAUUUGAUCAUAUAAAGAAUAAGAGGAACUUGAAGCGUGUUGGUCCUCUGGCAGGAGUUAUUGCAUUCAUUAUAGGACUUACGGUUAUUAUAUUGGUCAUAUUAUCAUCUAAAAAUAAGCUUGGUAAGCCAGGAGGUAUAAAAAAGUUAUUUCACAAGGAGAAGCAGAAGGAGGAUGCUGACUUGGCAACAAUAUUUGAUUUUUCAAGCAUCACUAAUGCAACAAAUCACUUCUCUAACAGAAACAAGUUAGGAGAAGGUGGUUUUGGACCAGUGUACAAGGGCAUAUUGGUAGGUGGCCAAGAGAUUGCUGUUAAGAGGCUAUCUGAAACAUCAGGACAAGGAACUGAGGAGUUCAAAAAUGAAGUGAAAUUGAUGGCAACACUUCAACACCGAAAUCUUGUAAAACUUCUUGGUUGUUCUAUUCAACAUGAUGAAAAGUUGUUGAUCUACGAGUUCAUGCCCAACAGAAGCUUGGAUUACUUUAUUUUUGAUACUACGCGAAGUAAAUUACUAAACUGGACAAAGCGCUUGGAAAUUAUUGAUGGGAUUGCUCGGGGGCUGCUGUAUCUCCAUCAGGAUUCUACACUAAGAAUCAUACAUAGAGAUCUCAAGACAAGCAAUAUUCUUCUUGAUAUUGAUAUGAUCCCAAAGAUAUCAGAUUUUGGUUUAGCCAGAUCAUUUAUGGGAGAUCAAGCCGAAGCUAAUACAAAUAGAGUGAUGGGAACAUAUGGAUAUAUGCCUCCAGAAUAUGCAGUGCAUGGAUCUUUCUCUAUAAAAUCUGAUGUUUUUAGCUUUGGAGUUGUGGUACUUGAGAUAAUCAGCGGUAGGAAGAAUCGCGGAUUUUGUGACCCUCUACAUCAUCUAAACCUUCUUGGUCAUGCAUGGAGGCUAUGGAUUGAAGGAAGGCCACUGGAGUUAAUGGAUGAAGUAUUAUAUGAUGCGACCAUUUGUUCAGAAAUAAUAAGAUUUAUUCACGUGGGUCUAUUGUGUGUACAGCAGAAACCAGAAAAUAGGCCUAACAUGUCGUCUGUGGUUUUUAUGUUAAAGGGUGGAAAGUUACUCCCUAAACCAAGUAAACCCGGGUUCUAUGCAGGAAGAGAUUUUACAAGUAGCACGGAAUCUUCUUCAAAGGAGGGUUCAAUAAAUGAAGCUUCAAUCUCAUUGUUAGAGGCCAGAUAG